GGCAAGGAGGCCAUAGCAGUGGAGGCGUUCGGCAGGGCGUUGGCCCAGUUGCCGACGAUAAUCUGCGAUAACGCGGGCUUGGAUAGUGCCGAGCUGGUAUCGCAGUUGAGAUCGGAGCAUGCGAACGGCAGACAUCAGAUGGGCAUUGAUAUAAUAAAAGGGCAAAUUGCUGACGUAGUGAAGUUAGGGAUUAUCGAGUCGUUUACCGUGAAGCUUUGUAUGGUAUCGAGUGCGGCAGAGGCUGCGGAACAGAUUCUUCGCGUGGACAACAUCAUGAAGGCAGCACCACGUCCACGUGAGCCUGAUAGGAGACCGUGUUAA